AUGACAGAUAGCUCAUCAAACGCGUCACUUGUGACCGGCAAGCCCAAUACGCCAAAGGGGACUAAGGACGACGAGCACAAGUCAGCACCCCUCGGUAAAUCAGUCAAGCAGUACUCGACGCUAGUCUGGUGGAUGCUGGGCUUGUCUAUCGCCAUCCUGUACAGUGGCUACGAUUCUGUCAUUCUUGGAACACUCAACGCUGUGGACGCGUAUCAGCGCGACUGGGGAGAGUGGAUGUUUAACGAUGACCCGAAGCCAGAGAAGGCGAAAUGGGAAUGGACCAUUCCAGCGUUAUGGCUCUCGCUUUGGGAUGGAAUAGGCCCGCUUGGUCAGAUAGCCGGAACCGCACUCGGGGGCUGGCUUGUAGAUCGAAGGGGUCGAAGGUUCUGCCUUAUGGUGGGUAGCACUAUCGGUAUAGUCGCUAUCCUAGAACUAUUUUUCUCAAACAGGCCCGCGGACAAGGAGUGGAGGCGCAUCAUGCUCCUCAUAGGCAAGGUCCUCCAAGGCUUUGGGCUUGGAAUCAUCAAGAUUGGGACUAUUACAUACAUGUCCGAAGUCACUCCUACAAAGCUGAAGGGUCCGAUCAUGUCUUUGAUUCCCACCUUCACUCUUUUCGGGCAGUUUAUCGGUGCCAUCAUCAUUUAUGUUGUCUCGGAAGAUUUGAAUCCCCGAUCAUACCUGAUCGCUCUAGGAUCUCAAUGGGCAGUCGCCAUUCCACCUUUCAUAAUGGCUUUCAUCUUGCCCGAGUCCCCGGCUUACCUGCUCCUCAAGAAUGAUAAGAGCGGCGCUCUCACAUCAUUCAGGCGGCUCUUGGGCCCUAAGAAUGAUGCCAAGGCAGCGGUUGACAUAAUGGAACACACCAUUGAAGAGGAGGCCAGGAAUGCGGUCAGCGCUACGUAUUGGGACUGCUUCAACGCCGCUAAUCGCCGCCGGACCUUAAUCGUUAUGUUCGCAGGCUGUAUCGAGUUCUUCUUUGGUCUAUCGCUCCUAUCAUCCGUCAGCUAUUUCCUCCAGCAAAUGGAUAUGGAAAGCGGUAAAAGUAUCCUUUUCCUGAUCGGCGGAAUUUUCAUUGGUACCCUCGCCAAUCUCGGUUCGUCCUGGACCAUCAGUCACUUUGGACGUAGACAGCUGGUCACGACCUCGUUUCUCAUCGCUGCCGGGCUGUGGGGUGUCAUGGGUUUUGCAGGAAUCAAACAGUUCCCUUGGACAGCUUGGCUCGCGGGAGGACUCUGCACAGCGAUCAUCAUUGUCUGCGGUCUUGGGUGCUGGCCCGCAUCCUACGCUAUCCUUGGAGAGACGAGUUCUCUUCGUCUGCGCUCCAAGACUAUGUCCCUUGGAAGCUUGAUGAAUAACCUGACUGGCAUCCUGGCAAACUUCGUGCAGCCUUUCCUCUAUAAUCCGGAUGCCUUAGACUUGGGCGCGAAAACCGGUUUCGCGUUUGCAGGAUUAAGUCUGGUUGGCGCGACUUUCACGUAUUUGUUUGUCCCGGAGCUGAAGGGGAGGAGUGCGCUUGAGAUUGACAACUUCUUUGCGAAGGGAGUUCGGGCAAUCGGGUCCACGAAAUGGCGAGAUACGCAUGAGGAAGUACCGUUAGAUGAUACUAGAUCGUAG